AUGUCAUUCCGCUCGCAGCUGUCGACUCGAAAGCACGUGCCCGACUUACACCUGCUACCUCAAACGCGUAACAGCCGAGGCUGCUGCGUGGGCCUCCCACAAAUAAUACAGCGAGUUCUAUCUCAGGAAGAGAGCUCCCAGCUGUCCGUCCGCCCCCCGUGCCUAUUGAGGUGCAAGGCCAAGGCAAGGCCCUCUGAGCGUGCCCCAGUCCCAUCGCCCUCAAACAGCUCC